AUGGACCGCGGCGCAGCACGCAGUAGGAAACGCACACAGAAGGCCGAGUACAAGGCCAAAACCACGUCGGUUGAAGACAAUGCCAAGCUCGCCAAGCUCCUCGACAAGGACAAGCCCAACGGCAAAGGCAAGCGCGAGCGGCCACCACGCAAGCAGAAGGAGCCGGCCGGCCCGGACCAGUACAAGGCCAAGGCUAUCCGUACAGCCCGCGCACUAGUAUAUGCGCAGGAGGCGUUCGAGAUCCCCCCGCCUCCCGAGCGGUUGGCAGGCGUGACCCGGGUCGACCUCGACGGCGCAGAAUGUACCGACAUCUCGUGGCUGCCGGCCAGCGUGACCUGGCUAAGCGUCAAGGCAUGUCCCGUGACAGAGGGAUGGGAUGUCGUUGGCGCAUUGGAGGGGUUGACUGUGCUCAAUAUCAGUAAUUGUCAACUGUCGGCUCUUCCACCCCUCGCGGGAUUGAAGGGUCUCAAAGCCCUCGUGGCGACUGGGAACGAGUGGACGUCGCUCGACGAUACCGUCGUUUCAGGAUGGAAAGAGCUGAAUUCACUCAUCAUCUCGCACUCGCCCAACCUCACCUCUCUUCCCUCAUCUCUUAGCAGCCUUCCACACCUCUCAAAACUGGCAUUCAGCCACUGUCCGAAUCUCGAAGCCGCCGGCCUACCAGACCUAAGCCCACUGCCACUCCUGCGUGACGUCAAGGCCAACAACCUCGCCCGCCUGUCCACCCUCCCUUCCCACCUCCCAAAAUGGGGUACGGGCGACCUGGACGCCGUGGGCAAGAGUGGCGUCGGCGACGGAUUGGAAGUCCUCGACCUCGGAAACUGCUCGCUUCCGUACUCGGCAGUCGCCGGCGUAUUUGGUCUCAGCGCGGCCGCCCACGCGGCCAAGAAGGAACCCCGAUGGGCGCACCUCCGCAGCUUGACGCUGCGCGCCAACCCCCUCACUGUCGAGGUGCCGGCCUACGCUGACCAGCUGCAGGCGUCGCCAGACCUGCCGAAACUGCAAAUCAUCGAUGCGCGGCGCGUCAAGGAACGCGCAAGGGCUGGUGAAGUGCAGGAGAGCCGGAGGGAUCGCAAGGCGCGCGAAGCGAGAGAGAAGAAGGCGCGCCCGACUGGUGCGAAUGAGCACUCGGGUGGUAAGGAGAUGCGCAAGUGGGGCGCAGAUGUCAAGGAGGCAGGCGAGGAGAAGGAGAAGGAGAAGGAGCAGACGAGGUCAGACGCGGCGGACGAGCCAGAGCGCAAGAAGCGGAAACGUGACGAAAAGCCCCAAGACGAGAAACGGAAGCGCGACGAGGCCCCAGCAGACGAGUCGAGCAAGAAGAAGCGCAAGCGCAAGCAUGGCAAGGGCGAGGACAAGGAGGAGGUGCUCGCCGUUGCUACGCCAGCCAAGCCCGUUGUUGUGGUUAAGCCGGCCAAACAGGAGCGGGCGCCAGUUGUUGCCGCCGUCGCUACACACGUCGCGGUUGCGGACCCCGCGGCACAGCGCGCCAAGAAGCCUGGGCGGAGCGAGACGGCCGUCGUUGGCGUCGUGGAUGUUGCGCCUGCUCGUCGCGGGCUGGACCUCAAGGCUGCCCUCAAGGAGGAGUCGGGUUCGGGCUUGGGCCUCGGGGGUUGGUAG